CUUGCUAUCUAUUUAUCAUCUUAGAGUUCCUAGCUAUCUAUCAUCAACUCCCUAUAUUUACUACGAUAUUACUUACCAUAUAUAAAAAAUGGCAACUGAGCAUAAAACUCCAGUUUGUGUCCACUGGAAUGGUUCUAUUAUUAUGAAAGAUGAUGAAGUUGAGUAUUCCAUUCCUCCGAGCGCAGCGCUGUUAAUGAGCAAUGACGAUGACUUUAACGCUAUAAACGAGCGGAUUGUCGAAGAGUGUGCGCAGAGAGGUUUUGGAGAAAUUGUAUCCAUUCACGGAAAAUUACCGAAGUACAAAAAUCGUGUGUAUGUGGCAUCAAGAUUGUGGCCCAUCCAUGAUGAUGAUACUUGGAAGCACUUUUUCCGACUUGCUGAAAGAGAGUACGGAGAAUUACAUAUUUUCCUGGAUGCCCGAAGAACCUCUAUAGUCCAACCACAAAUAUCAACAUAUGGAGGAGGUGACACCCACAAUUGUGAAACCUUUCACAAUAUCCACUCCAACGAUGACGGACCAUCAACGAGAUACGGCGGACGCUACAACCCGCAUACUGUUGAACAUGAAGAUGGCCCUUCAACAACAUAUGAAGAGGAAGAGGAAGAUGAUCCAGAUUAUGAACAAUUUUCUGGAAAUGACGAUGCAACAACAAAUUCUGACGAUAGUGAUGACGCUCAUGACACAACAUGGGCCGAUAUUGAGCUGGAACAACCAUAUGUUGAACCAGCGAAUCGUGAUAAUGAAACUAUUGCGAUAGACAAAAUAUACGAUUCAUACGACUUACUGAAAGAAGCCGUAGCAAUAGAAAAUAUUCGGCAAUUUCGAAUUUUUAAGACAGAUGACAAACGUGUGAGAUCGUGGAAGGCAGUUUGCAUCUAUGAUGACAUGUGUAUGUGGCACAUUCAGGCGGGAAACCUUCUCAACACCAAUUUGUGGAAGGUGAAAAAAUAUCAACCACUACACAACUGCAGAGUGGAUUAUAAAAGAGCCCGUAAUGACAGGCUUAUGACGAGCAAGAUCAUAGCGAGUGUAAUCGCUACAAAAGUGCAUGUUGAUCCGGACUACAGCAUUAAACUCGUGAUGCAAGACAUAUACGACAAAUUCAGAAUCAAUUUCAAGUACAAAAAGGCGUGGUAUGGACGUUUGAUUGCCCUUGAACGAAGAUUCGGGAACUGGGAGGCGGCCUACAAUGAUUUACCCAAUUUGUUGCUUGCGAUAAGAGAAUCAAAUCCGGGGUCAGUGGUAGAUUUCCAACCAAAACCAACCAGUCAUGAUGGUACGUAUGAAUUUCAUCGUGCAUUUUGGGCUUUUAAAGCUUCCAUUGAUGGGUUUGAACACUGUCUGCCCGUAGUAUCUGUUGACGGUACUCACUUGUACGGAAAGUUCAAGGGUCAUCUCUUGGUUGCAGUCGCCAUGAAUGCUAACCGUGAGAUUUUCCCUCUCGCGUACGCAGUUGUGGAAAGUGAAAACACAAAUAGUUGGUCCCGGUUUUUGGAACACAUUCUGACUUAUGUUGUCAGACCAAAUCGGCAUGUGUGCAUAAUAUCAGAUCGACACCCUGGCAUCCUAAGUGCCUAUCAAUCAGUACCUCAAUUGAAAACCUCCCAAGUUUCGAAGCGGUUCUGCCUCCGACACAUUAGAAGCAAUUUCAUGACAAAAUUCAGGAGCACUGAACUGAAAAAGCUAUGUUGGCAGGCCGGGAGUACACCCAUGGUGAGUGAAUUUUACCAAACAAUGGCUCAAAUUCGUGCUACGAAUGAGAAUGCGUUCACGUAUUUGAACGCUAUUCCACGUGAAAAUUGGGCACUGUGCUUCGACGAUGGACGACAUUACGGCAUCCUCACAACAAAUCUUUCCGAGAGCUUCAAUAACGUUCUAAAGGGAUGUCGAACACUUCCAAUCACCGCGCUGGUUAAGGCAACUUAUAACAAAGUUGUCCAACUAUUUGCCGAUCGACGUAGGGCCGGUCAGAUGUGGCGGCAAGCUGGGUUCCUAUAUCCGCAAAAUAUAUGGAAAGAUAUUCUUGAACGUUCACAGAAAAGACAUCAGUGCACUAUUGUCCCGCAUAACCGAACAACGGGAAUAUACUCUGUUUCCAUCCGUGAUUAUCCGCCGGUAACGGUAAAUCUCUCACGUUGCGAAUGUGAUUGCGGUUUUUGGAAGCAAAAUGGAUUUCCAUGUGUGCACGCCUAUGCAACAUGCCAUUUCUUAGAAAUAACUGUAGAUCAUCUCAUCCCGGACGUGUAUAAAUUAGGUGCGUACAUCCGUACGUAUGCUACAGAUAUUAUGCCUAUGCAUGACGUAAGUGCGAUGCCUGAUACCGGAUAUGUAGUGAUACCGCCUCAAAGUGCUCGACGCAGUCAAACCGGUAGGCCUCAAAGGACACGAUUUACAAAUGAAAUGGAUAUGCGUCCGAGUAGGAGAGCACAAGAGUAAAAAUUUAUAUGUAUUUUGUAACUCUUUUUCAAUGAAUAAAAAUUUGUAUUUCUUUAUCAUGUUGUUGUUCAAGAAAAAUGAGUAAUGAAAUAUUUAUAUUAUUUAA